CCCAACCUCUGCCCACUCCUUUUCUGUGCCACGCCCUGUGGGUCUGGGCAGUUUUUACUUGAGUACAAUAAAAAGUCUGAGUUAAGAGCCUUGUUCAAACCCACAGAGAGAAAAACACCUUCUGGGGGCUGUUGUUUUACCAACCAUGAGUGAGGCGCCGUGCUGUCCCACGGGAGCCGCCUUCCCACGGGAGCCAUGGAGCUGGGGCUCACUCCCAGGGUUAUUCGACUUAAGCAUUCUGGCUCUUUCCUAUCCUUUGCUGCCUCAAAAAGAGCCGGCCCUGCUCGGCUCUGCCCCAAACCCCAUGACCCGGCCCACGCACAUCCCUCUGGACUGGCCUUGUGGUCAGAGCCAGAAGUUCCUGGAACAAUGUUUGGGCUGCUGGGGGCCUGUGGGCUGCCUUCCACCUGAACCCUUGGCCUCUUCAAGACUGAUCGGGAGCCAGCAGGAGGGUUUUCAGGCCGGUCUAAGCUUGAUUCCAGCUGGGCACUGAGCAGGGUAGCACAGAGGGGCCCUCCCAUCCCGAACUUCACCCUUUCCUUCCUGGACGACAGCCAAGUCCCAGUGCCGGCUCCAGAUCCCUCCCACUUUGGACCUACAAGACCUUCAGCUCAGAGAGCAGUUGUGCACUCACCAUACCACACCCGUUCUAAGCCACAGCACGCAGGCGUCACAAGGCCAAGAUCCAGAGAAGUCAGGGAAGGAAGCUACACUCUCGCCCUUGACGUGGCAGCAUGGAGCUGGUCCAGGACACCUCCCGCCCGCCACUGGAGUACAUGAAGGGGAUCCCUCUCAUCAAGUACUUUGCAGAGGGACUGGGGCCGCUGCAGAGCUUCCAAGCCUGGCCCAAUGACCUGCUCAUCAGCACCUACCCCAAAUCUGGCACCACCUGGGUAAGCGAGAUCCUGGACCUGAUCUACCAGGGUGGCGACCUGGAGAAGUGUCAAAGAGCCCCCAUCUUCGUCCGGGUGCCCUUCCUUGAGUUCAGGAUCCCUGGGGUUCCCACAGGUGCUGAGCUUCUGGAAGAUACACCAGCCCCACGGCUGAUCAAGACACACUUGCCCCUGGCUCUGCUUCCCCCAACCCUGCUGGAUCAGAAGGUCAAGGUGGUCUACGUUGCCCGCAAUGCAAAGGAUGUGGCCGUCUCCUAUUACCACUUCUACCGCAUGGCCAAGGUGCACCCUGACCCUGGCACCUGGGACAGCUUCCUGGAGAAGUUCAUGGCUGGGGAAGUGUCCUACGGGUCCUGGUACCAGCACGUGCAGGAGUGGUGGGAGCUGAGUCACACCCACCCUGUUCUCUACCUUUUCUAUGAGGACAUAAAGCAGAACCCCAAAAGGGAGAUUCAGAAGAUCCUGGAGUUUGUGGGGCGCUCUCUGCCAGAGGAGACCGUGGAUAACAUCGUCCAGCACACGUCUUUCAAGGAGAUGAGGAAGAACCCCAUGACCAACUACAGCACCAUACCCAUCAAAGUCAUGGACCACAGCAUCUCUGCCUUCAUGAGGAAAGGCAUCACUGGGGACUGGAAAUCCACCUUCACUGUGGCCCAGAAUGAGCGCUUUGAAGCCGACUAUGCCGCGAAGAUGGCAGGCUGCAACCUCCACUUCCGCUGGGAGCUGAGUGGUGCUCAUCAGGAUGAGCGUGAAACAACCCUCAACAAUAAAAUCUGAUGUGUGUUAAA